UGGUGGCGGUAAUGCUCCCUGUCGUUAGUAACCAAGAAGAAAGCGAAGAAGAAGAAAACAAGCGAAGAAGAAACGAAAACGAUCGUCGCUUGAAUUAUUUUUAUCAGCUGCGGUGUGAGGGAAUAAAAAGAGUGGCCGUCUCACCUUCCUGUAAGCACCAUGCCGAAGAGGAAAGUAACAUUUGAGGACGGAGAUGGAGAGUUUGACCUGGACGACGACCUCCCAAACAAAAAGAGUUGUGAGCUCGUGAGCGGGCCAGGCUCCAGGUUUAAGGGCAAACAUUCCCUUGAUAGCGACGAAGAGGAUGAAGGGGAAGACACAACCAGCAGCAAGUAUGACAUUCUGGCCAGUGAUGACGUCGAAGGGCAAGAGGGAGCCACAAUCGACUGUGAUGAGGGAGUUCCUAUCACACCUUUCAACCUGGAAGAGGAGAUGCAGGAAGGACACUUUGACUCAGAGGGAAACUAUUUCAUCAAAAAGGAAGAACAGAUAAGAGACAACUGGCUUGACAACAUUGAUUGGGUGAGAAUAAAAGAACAACCUUUCAAACAAAAGAAGAAAGGCCUGGGAGCCAAACGUACACGCAGAGCCGGUGAUGAGGAUGAGGCUGAGGAAGAGAAACAAAGAGAAGAGCAGCAGAAAGGCCGAGAAGGUGAAGAAAAAGAGGAGGAGGAGGAGGAGGAGACAGAGCCUGCAGAGGACCCACUGGCAUCCUACACACAGCACCAGCUCACAGAAGCUGUGGUUGGACUUUUGCUACCUGGGGAGACAGUUGCCGCAGCACUCCGACGGCUAGGAGGCCUUGGAGGACGGAAGAAGGGCAGGCUGAGGGUCGAAAGUGAACCAACGGAUGAGACAAAAAGGGAUACAGAAAAGCUCGACAGGCUCACAGCACUAGCUGACAGAUUGGUGGGAUCAGGGAUGUUUGAGAUCUAUCAGCAAACGUAUGAGAAACUGGCCUAUUUGAUGAAAAGCAUGAGUAGCAAGCAACCAGCUUUGAAACCUGAUGACGAUGACGAAGACGGCGAUGAACUUGACAUGUUUGCAGAUACAUUUGAUGACACACAUGGUAGAUCAAAGAAAAAAGAGGAAGACGAUGGAAGAGUGAAUACUGAAGUGAUGUGGGAGUACAAAUGGGACAAUGAGGAUAAUUCAGAAGUGUAUGGCCCCUUCACCAGUCAGCAGAUGCAGGACUGGGUGGAUGAAGGCUAUUUCAGCAGUGGUGUUUACUGCCGGAGGAAGGACCAGGAGGGAACUCAGUUCUACAACUCCAAGAGACUAGACUUUGAACUGUAUACAUGAUUUAUGUUCUGCAUCAAAUCAUCAAAUCACAACUGUCAUGAUCACUGUCAGCAACAUUCAUGAUUUGCCCUUCAAGCUUUCUUAUUAUUUUGAUCCAUGGCUUUGGUGUCAAAUCUGUCAUUUUAACAGGGCCGUUGUUUUCUGUAAAUUGUUUUUAAAUAAAUAAUUCAUCUAUGUGGUGUUGCCAUCUGC